AUGACCAGAGAGGCGGGCGGCCCGUCGGGCAGCGCUUCCGGCAUGGUUCUGGCAGAGGUUUCGCCGUCCGGGGACGGCGGGGUGGCCGCGGGGGCUGAGACGGAGGGCGGCGGGCGGAGCACGCUCUCGUGGUUCGCGGAGCAGGCGGCCACAGCUAGCCACGUCCCGCCGCGGCUUUCCUGCCGCGCGUCGCCGUGGGCGCAACAGCGCUCCGCCUCGUGGCGGCUCUGCACGUCGCUCUCCGCCUGCAACGACCCCGGGGUGCCGCUCGAGCCGAGCAUAGGCCAGCUGCGCAACUUUUCGGUGCCGUGGGUUCCGGGCGCCGUGCGCGACCUGUGCAAGCUCCACGCCAGCGGGCGAUUCGGGCGGAGGGGUGGCUGA